AUGUUGCCCAGGUCCACACGCUGCUGGGUGGCGCUGGCCGCGCUCUGUGGUGUGCUGACCACGCUGCCCGCGCCGGCGAUGGCCGGAAGUGAGAACAUCCCGCCGCACCUCAUCGAAUGCUACCAGGACGAGGGGCUGUACCACCGGGAGAACCGGCUGCCGCACACCAUCUCUGUAGUCGUCUCCCUCAUCAAGCAGAUCGAGAGCUCCCCAGGCUUCACUAUGGACGCGCGCAGCCUGACGCUGUCGCUGCUCCACAUGUUCCGCGUGGACGGCAUCGAGCGCGAUCCCGAGGUGGUGCCGUCCGAGACCACCAUCCCCUUCGGCCUCAAGGGCGCGCAGUACCACAAGCACCGCAUCCUCAUGCGGAACCUCAUCCCGCGCAGCUCCUUCCAGUUCCCCAACGAGACGCUCUCCGUCCUCGAGAAGGAUGAUCCAGCCGCUGAUCCAGUUGCGGCUGGUGCACCCGCCGCCCCCGCUGCCGCCCCCGCUGCAGCUGCCGCGGACCCCGCCCUGGAGAACCAGUCCGCCCCCGACGUGGAGGAAGACGUGUCAGGACACCCGGACGCGGAAGUUGUCGCCAACGGCACCAACGCGCAGCGCAGCGGCGCCUUCACGUGGGGCGCGGACGGGGCGGAGGCGCGCGGCGCCGCCAACGCGUCGGCGGCGGCCAGCGGCAAGCUGCAGGCCGGGCCCGGGUCGCGCAGCGCGCGCGCUGAGGCCGCGCAAUCCGACUGCCCCGUGGAGAACGGCGUGGUGUACACGCGCUGGGGCUCCGUGCAGCUGGGCACGCUGCUCGCCGGCAUCGCCACGGGCUUCGAGGCGCAGUCCCCUUUUACGUUUAUAUCACAAUAUUUAAAAUAUUAUUCUACUCUGCUUCGUGUCAAAAUAAGCUGUUACUUUUCAGGUGAUCUGGCUGAAGUGGCUCUGUGGCGAGGUCCUAAACAGACUGUGAAGGUGGGUGCGUCCGGCAAAUGGAACAGCACCCAAGUCCCGAGGUGGUAUUUCAUCGGAGAAACCAACGAGAUGACGGAUGCGGAGAUCAGGGGAGGCAUCGAUGGUCUCAUCAUGGCACUCAACGUGAGAGACUUUAACAAUAAAGCGGGUGGAGCACUUAAGCUCUCUACUUUGUUGGAGCGGUACUAUUCUUACGCCGGUGUGUUUGAUGAAGACUAUCGCGCCUGUGAGCGCCAGAGUCAUUAUAAAGAUGUUGCAAAGACGGACGUACUGAGAGCACAGACGACAAGUUUCGCUUCCGCCCUCUAUGACGCUACUCCGCUUCUGCCGACUAUACAAUCAGACGGACUAUCCAAAUAUGCAACAGAUGCAGUUGAGGAAUUAGACAGAACUGUCCCAACCCAUAAUGAAGCUGAUUGUGAUGCCAAAGUACGAUCGGCUGACGAUAAAUUCCCCGAAGCCAAAGUAAACGUAAUAGUGGUUGUGGACUGCAGAUGGAGCUAUGACGAUUUGUACCCUGCACUUUUCGCUAUAGCCGAGGAUAUCAAAUUACAUCCUCUAGGAAGUAAAAUCACUGUAAUCAGUGGGCAAAAUCACCAAGUACUAUUUGAAACAUCGGACCAACUCCAUACAUUUGCCCACAAUUUGAGAGAAAACGCUACAAUUUAUAGACAAUGUGCUACAGGAAUGAAACUUUAUGAUUUGUUGGAUGGGUCAUUAUAUGAUCAUUUUUCUAAUCAACUUGAAGCAGAGAAAGAGAACAAUGAGGCAGCAGUUCAUGCUAAUGUAGUUGUUCUUAUGCCAGAAACAAGCUAUGACAUUCCAUCAGCAGAAAUCACAAAUGUUGAAAAUAAAAUUGAUGAAUACAAGAAUCAAUAUCCAGAUGUAAGGUUUCUGGUGUUUGCAACACAAGAAAAAUUCUCCUUUAAAAUACUGCUUGAAGAUCCUGACAAAGAUUUAAUUACCUUUUACUACAAUGCUGGUACUCCAAUAGAAACAGCAGAUCUAUCAAAUCGUAUCAAAAGAAUUCCCAGGAGAAUUGCAAAUCCUGUAUGUGGUAUUGAGUGGAAGGAAAGUCAAUAUGAUAGAAUUGACAUAUAUGAAUCUAUUUCUGAUCAUCACACAGCAUAUUACCGUAUCCAUCCUAGAUACUUAUUUGGGAUUGAUUCUGAAACCAUUAAGAUAUCAGAGAAAAGCAAAGGAACUGUGAAUAUCUGUUAUUCACGAACUAACGAAUAUCCUCAUGAUGACGAUAGUGAUGAAGAUAAUGAUAGUGAAUGUACUUCACUUACUGGGUCAGAAACUGAAAUUGUAUUGAACACACCUUGUGCUGGCAGCAACACAUUUGAAACAUGCAAUCCUCUCUACAUAUCAGUUGAAGUCACAGAAUCUGAAUUAAGAUGCAAUGAUAUUUACUGUCGAGAUGUUGACGAUGUUACCAUAGAAAUCAGGCAUUCUCGUCUCACUUGUGGAGCAGCUGCACUUAGAAGUCCAAUUUCAUUUGCUAUAGCAGCAAUAUUAAUUUUCUUUAAGGUUCUAUUUAGUAGUUGAGAAUGUAAUUAUCAGGAAGCUGAAAUAAGGGAAAUGUAGAAAAUAAAUAUCCAGUAGUUUCC